GUGAGAGUGACGGAGAAAAUUUUGUAAAAUGAUUACUCGGCCAGUAUAUACUCACAAGCAGAAGAAGCAGUCCCAUUUAUUCUAUCUCCUCCAAAAUUCUCCAGACAAUCAUUAGAGCAAACACAAUGUUACGGUUCACAUUUCGACGAGGAGGAGCGAGGUCUUUGAGUCCUCAGAUCUUCGCCUUCACCAAUUCUCAUCUAUCAACCGCCGCUGAACCAUCUUUGAAACCACGCUGCCCUCCGAGGGUUCCAAAUCUUAUUGGAGGCUGCUUUGUAGAUUCGCAAUCAUCUGAAUUCAUCGAUGUUAUAAACCCAGCAACACAGGAAGUUGUUUCUCAACUUCCAUUGACAACAAAUGACGAGUUUAAAGCUGCAGUAUCUGCAGCUAAACAAGCAUUUCCCUCCUGGAGAAAUACACCAAUUACUACCCGUCAACGCAUUAUGUUCAAGCUGCAAGAGCUUAUUCGGAGAGAUAUGGAUAAGAUUGCCAUGAACAUUACUACUGAACAAGGAAAGACGUUGAAGGAUGCACAAGGGGAUGUGUUCCGUGGGCUAGAGGUAGUGGAGCAUGCUUGCGGAAUGGCAACUUUGCAAAUGGGGGAGUUCGCUCCCAACGUAUCAAAUGGAAUUGAUACCUACAGCCUCAGAGAGCCGCUUGGUGUUUGUGCUGGGAUUUGUCCCUUCAACUUCCCUGCAAUGAUUCCCUUGUGGAUGUUUCCCGUUGCAACUACAUGUGGGAAUACCUUCAUUCUAAAGCCAUCAGAGAAAGAUCCAGGUGCUUCUAUUAUGCUUGCAGAGCUGGCAAAGGAGGCUGGUUUACCUGAUGGUGUUUUGAAUAUUGUUCAUGGCACUAAUGAUAUUGUUAAUGCUAUUUGUGACGAUGACGAUAUCAGAGCUAUUUCAUUUGUUGGUUCAAAUACAGCUGGGAUGCAUAUAUAUUCAAGAGCAUCAGCCAAAGGAAAGCGUGUUCAGUCCAAUAUGGGAGCCAAAAAUCAUGGAGUUGUCAUGCCUGAUGCAAAUGUGGAUGCUACAUUAAAUGCUUUAGCUGCAGCUGGUUUUGGUGCUGCCGGACAAAGGUGUAUGGCCCUCAGCACAGUGGUCUUGGUUGGUGGAUCAAAAUCAUGGGAAGAUAAGCUAGUGGAGCGUGCUAAAGCACUUAAAGUAAGUGCUGGAAUGGAACCUGAUGCAGACCUUGGUCCAGUGAUUAGCAAACAGGCAAAGGAACGGAUAUACAAAUUGAUUCAAAGUGGCAUUGAGGGUGGUGCCAGACUAUUGCUUGAUGGGAGAAAUAUUAGAGUUCCAGGAUAUGAGCAAGGGAACUUUAUCGGUCCCACCAUCUUGUCUGAUGUCACUCCCGAUAUGGAAUGUUACAAGGAGGAAAUCUUUGGCCCAGUUCUUCUUUGCAUGAAGGCUGACAGCUUAGAAGAGGCCAUAAACAUCGUUAACAAAAACAAGUACUUUAUCAUAACUCAUCUUUGCACCUCAAUUUUCAUUAUCAAACUAUUGUAUCAUCAUAUGUUUGAGUUAUCCUCUUGUAGAUAUGGCAAUGGAGCUGCUAUUUUCACCACAUCUGGUGUAGUUGCGAGGAAAUUCCAGAAUGAGAUUGAGGCUGGGCAGGUCGGCAUCAAUGUUCCUAUUCCAGUUCCUCUAGCCUUUUUCUCAUUUACUGGCUCAAAGGCAUCUUUUGCAGGCGAUCUGAAUUUCUACGGCAAGGGUGGAGUUCAUUUUUACACUCAGGUCAAGACUGUGACUCAACAAUGGAAGGAUUUGCCUGGUGGCUCUGGAGUAUCGCUGGCAAUGCCAACUUCCCAAAAGUAGACAGUUUGGUUAAUGGUUACCUAUUUUGGAACUCGUGUGUAUUGUGUGAAACCCUUUCGAUAAAAUAAUAUGGAGGCCAUCCAAUUGUAUCCACUAUUGGUGUUCUUAUCUUCAAUUUUCCUUUUUUCUA